GUUUGGGUUUGUCUUAGAAGCUUCUCUCAUCAUCUACAAGAUGACAUAUUUUGCUCCUGCCAGUCACCAAAAAUGGCACACAUAACUACAGCAAGCUGACACGAGUUUCAUCAGCUUAUAAAAACCCACUUUCAAAUUUCAACUCUCAGCUCCAAACCUCCUGCUCAUUCAAUCAUGCCAGAACUUCAACCCAACACCCCCGACCCUCCCUACGAUCUGAUAAUCCUUGGAGCCUCAGGCUUCACAGGUAAGUAUGUUGUCAAAGAAGCUCUGAAAUUCCUCAACACACCCUCCUCCCCUCUCAAGUCUCUGGCUUUAGCUGGUCGCAGCCCCACAAAACUAACCCAAACCCUCAAAUGGGCAGCUCACCCAAACCCGCCACCGCCCAUUCCCAUCAUCACCGCCGACACCACCGACCCACCAUCGCUCCACCGCCUCUGCACUCAAACCAAACUUAUCCUCAACUGCGUGGGGCCCUUUCGCCUCUACGGCGAGCCAGUGGUGGCCGCUUGCGCCAAAACUGGCUGCGAUUACUUGGAUAUAUGUGGAGAGCCUGAGUUCAUGGAGAGGAUGGAGGCUAAGUACCAUGACCGGGCCGUGGAGGCCGGUUCUUUGGUGAUUUCGGCAUGUGGGUUCGACUCGGUUCCGGCUGAGUUUGGGUUGAUGUUCAAUUUGAGGCAGUGGGUCGAUCCGGCUCUGCCGAACCGGGUCGAGGCUUAUGUGAGCUUGGAGUCGGAGAAGAGGAUUGUUGGGAAUUUCGGGACGUUUGAAUCGGCGGUGUUGGGUGUGGCUAAUGCCGACAAGUUGCAGGAGCUCAGGCGGUCCAGACCAAGAAAACCAAGGCCUGCGAUUCCUGGACCCCCUCCUCCUAAAGGACCAACUAUAGAACAACAGAAAGAUAUUGGCCUUUGGGCUGUGAAGCUACCUUCAGCAGAUGCUAUUGUUGUACGUAGAACACUUGGAGUUCUGACUGAAAACCGUUGUGGUCUUCCUGGGAGCAAUGAGAGUGCAGAACACAUUGAAAAAAGAGAAGCCUUCUGGUCAACAGUGAAGCCAGUUCAUUUUGGGGUGAAGAUAGGCUCUAAGUCUCUGUUGGGCAUUUUGCGUAUCAUGACCGUUGGAAUCUUUAUUGGGCUCUUGGGAAGAUUUUCCUUUGGGAGAUGGCUUCUCUUAAAGUUUCCCUCAUUCUUCAGUGUUGGAUGGUUUAGGAAGAAGGGUCCAUCUGAGGAUGAGGUGAGAAGUGCUUCAUUUAAGAUGUGGUUUGUUGGAAAAGGUUUCAGUGACAGCAGCCUUGUUUCACAGGGAGACAGAAAACCUGAUAUGGAAAUAAUAACAAGAGUGAUGGGUCCUGAGAUUGGCUAUUUGACCACGCCAAUAAUUCUAUUGCAGUGUGCUCUUAUUCUUCUGCACCAACGUAACAACCUUCCAAGGGGAGGAAUUUUCCCACCUGGGAUUGUAUUUGGCCCAACUGAUCUCCAGGAAAGGCUCCAAGAGAAUGGAAUUUCUUUUGAUGUCAUUUCAAAGAAAGCUAUUUCUGGUUAACUGCUACAUCACUCUGAGAAAAUAAAUCUUUAGUUGGCAGUACCCAUGGAACAAGAAGACAUAAUAAACGCAGAAGUUAUUUUUGUUCUAUUAUUAUAGUUUGAUGUAACCUAACAGUGGUUUCAAAUAUUAUGAGAUUGUGGUUUGACCUAUA